UCUAUUGGAUUAUGUUCCAUAUUAUCAAUUGUUUAAAAAACUGCAAAAUGUGCCAAAAUUUUGUGACGGCUUGUGGCGUCUUUCCUUUAUUCUAAUGCUGCACAAUAAGCCUGAGGUUGUGGAUUUGUAUCAUGCUGAAUAUGAUUUAAAUAUUGAGCUUUUUCAAAAGUGCACAAAUUUAAAAGAAUUGCAAGAACAUUUGCUUGAAAAAUUAAACUGCAAAACCGAAGUCGAAAAAUUAUUUCUGCUGCAAAAAAGUGUGGAUAUGUUUGUGGCCACUCGUAUAACUGAUUGGAGCAAAAUCGAAGAGCUUCAAUUAAGUGCAUUAGAACUUAUGGAGCAGGGAACAGAGAAUACAUUUUUGCAUUUAACCAAUAUAUUGAGCAGCCAUAACCAAAAAUUACAAGAUGACAAAAUAUUUGAUGAGAUUUUACAAAAGUGGAAUCAAUACAAUGAUGACUAUAAAAUGCAACGAGUUAUAGCCUGCAGAAUUUUUAGGUAUGCAGAAACAAACCUGAAUAUCGAUGAGAGGGUGAACCUAGUCCAUGAAAUCAUUAAAAAAUGCAAAAAAAUACUGAUUUUGGUACGCUUUUAUACAAUACUAAUUCAAUACCGAAAUAUAUGGUUUUACAAAACCUCAUUCGAGAAGGAGACCCAAUGACAGACUCAGAACGCAUUGAAUUUGCAUUGGCGAAAGAGCUAGCAUAUAGUUGUUAUACAAUAAGAAGAGAUGCUUUCAUCGAGUAUGCCUAUCGAUGGCCGUCAGAGACUUUAUAUGAAAUAUUUAAUAUGUUGAUACGUAUUAAUGUAAGCAUGAAUCGCAAUGGUGUGAUUUUAGAAAACUCUAAAGAGAAUAGAGUCCAAAUGCGAAUAUUAAGAGUCUUGUUGCACACGGAUCCAAACAGCAAAUUAUUUUGGACAAAUAAAUUAUGGCAGCUUCUGUUGUCCUCAUCUAGUCAACCGAAUAAAAUCUGCUUCCUAUACGAGUGUUUGGUGGCCGAACAAUUACCCUUCGAUGAAUCCCAUUUCGAACAAUUACUAGAGCGAAUUAAAUUAAUUUCCAACCUCGAAUCGAUUCAACAGGAUUCAAUAAUAUCAGUUCUUUACAUAUAUUGCAUGCGCAAAGGGGAUCUUUUAAAAGUGGAGCAUUUUCAAAGGGUCUUUGAAAUGUUGCUCAAUCAACAGAUGGACAAUUUGCAAUCAGAAACUCGAAGUUUUAUUCAAUUGGUUCUGCACAAGCUGGCUUUAAAGUGUGAGGAGAAAAAAAUCGUAGUUCCCAUGGCCGUUGCAUUAAAAACACCACCAAAUAUUGUAUUUGAGAAUAAGAUAAUACAGACCACCAUUGAAGUGCGACUGAUGCUUCCUGAAAUCAUGCACGCCUAUCCCUCCGACAUUAUAUUGCACAUAAUUAACGCACCAAUUGACGAGUAUCGAAGACCAGUCUGGGUGGAUCCUUAUCCGAUGCGUUUAUAUAAUCAGUUUCGAAAAGUCUUUGCACAAAAGAGUUGCACUUCGUGAUUGUAUUAUUAAUUUUUAAGAAUUUGCUACCACCAAAGAAAAAAAUAAACACACAUUAGCCAAACAACAAGUGUGUUUUCCUUAGGGGUCGACGAGCGACACGAUAAACAACAAAUUCUCUGCGCCUGCUCCGUCGUCACAAGCAACGGCUGCCGAAACCAAAUAAACACACUUGCCACCAACUGUCAGGUGGCAGAUGGCAGGUGGAAGUUGCAGGUCUUUUUAGUUAGUGCCAAGACACCACAAGCACAAAAUCAAAGCAAAAAUAGCAAUAAUAAACGUGCAGAAUGUGACACUUACACCGCAUAUGUGCGGGGCAAGGAAGAAUAAAGAAAAUAUUAGUGGCAACUAUCGUUACAUGGCAGCAGCACCUGCCUCAACCUCCAUCUAAAUCUCAAUAGUGUGUGUGGACGAAAUGGGUGGGUUGGUGGAGGAGUGGAACAGCGUCAACAUUCAUCAUUAUUUGGUCACCC